CCGCUGACGGACUGUAGAGCAGAGAAGUGAGCUCCGCCGGUGGAGGAGGUGGAGUCUCAGGAUCAGAGGGAGGAAAAAACGAGCAGAAACGAAGGGGAGGAAAAAAAGAGAAAAAGCCGCAGACACAACAAAACCGGGGGGAGGACGGCGGAUUAAGUGCGUCAAUUGAAACUGAAAUUCAAUUAAGGUGAAGGAGACGAGCGGCCGUAAAGAGAAGGGAGGACAUCAAGAUGAUAACGCCUUAUUUCCUGGAAAAUUUCUGGGGUGAAAAAAACAAUGGGUUUGACGUUCUGUACCAUAACAUGAAACAUGGCCAGAUAUCCAGCAAGGAGCUUUCAGAUUUCAUCAGAGAAAGGGCUACCAUCGAGGAGACAUACUCCAGAUCGAUGACCAAACUGGCCAAAUCUGCCAGCAACUUCUCACAGUUGGGGACGUUUGCUCCAGCAUGGGAUGUGUUUAAAGUGUCAACAGAAAAACUGGCUGCCUGUCACAUGGAGCUGGUGCGCAAGCUGCAAGAGCUCAUCAAGGAAGUUCAGAAGUAUGUGGACGAACAGGCCAAGGCACAUAAGAAGACUAAAGAGGAAGUGGCGUCCACACUGGAAGCAGUGCAGAACAUCCAGAGUGUCUCGCAGGCCCUGCAGAAGAGCAAAGAGAACUACAACAGCAAGACCCUGGAGCUGGAACGCAUGCGCAAGGAGGGAGCCACACAGAGAGACCUCGACAAGGCUGGAGUGAAGGUGAAGAAAGCCACAGAGGUGUACAAGUCCUACGUGGAGAAGUACGCCAGCACCAAGACGGAAUUUGAGCAAAAGAUGGCGGAGACUGCACAGAAAUUCCAGGACAUUGAGGAAAGCCAUAUCCAGCAUAUGAAGGAGAUUAUCCAGUCAUACUCUUGCUCAGUUGAGGACACGCACAAACAAAUCAUAGAGGUGCACAAAGAGUUUGUGAACAACAUGGAGAAUACUUCUGCGGCUGAUCUAAUACAGAAACUGGCUGAGAGCAAAGGGACCGGCAAAGAGAGGCCAGGGCCCAUUGAAUUUGAGGAAUGCAAUGUCUCCGUUGCCACUGAAGGUGCCAAACCUAGAAAAAGGAAGCCCUUCACCAUUCCAGGCCGGCGAAAAGACAAAGAUACGGAUUCCACUGAGUCCACAGAAGUUGAAGCCACUAACACUGCCAAUGGAGCUCCUCCAGAUUUCUUUAGAGCCAUAGAUAUCCAAAACGCUAAUGUGCCUCAGGUGGAUGAAGAGGGAUUCUGCAUCCGACCAGAAGUCAAUGAAAAUGAUGCCAAAGACAACUCCUUCUACUCGUCCAGCGAUUCAGAAGAUGAAGACGAUCGCAGGAAGUUCCAUGUGGAGAUCAAACCUGUGCAGCCCAACAAUGGCACGCACCAGCACAAAGCCACCAUCGACGAGCUGAAGGCUUCCAUUGGCAACAUUACCCUCUCUCCCUCUGCUACGGUCCACAUGAGGAGGAACCAGUCCAGUGAUGAGUUGGGAAGAUCCAGAACGCAGCAACCAUCAUAUAAUGAUAGGUUGGCGAAUAAUGACCUGCUUUCUUUGGACCCUUUCGGCCCCAGUGCUGGUGGCUCCGCCUCCUCUGGAUCUUCUUCAGCAGUUCCACCACCUAACAGGCCUUCAACCCCUCUCGGUACCGGAACCAUAGUGCCGCCUCCUCGACCCUCAUCACGGCCGAAACUACCUGCAGGCAAACUGACCGGCAUCAAUGAGAUUGGGCGACCGUUUAGCCCUCCCAAAGUGGCCAACUCGAGUCCUCCUCCCACUGCUCCUCUGGCGCGGGCUGAAAGCUCCUCCUCCCUGAGCUCCAACACCUCCCUGAGCGCCAGCAACACGCCCACUGUUGAGGACGAUAUGUUUGUGGGAAAACUGCCCACCUUUGAGAAGAGGUGUGAGACUCCAGCAGGGACAUCUCGUGGGCCCAGUCCAGUGACUUUAGCUUCCCAGGAUCCAUUGCCCAUAGCUGUGGCGUUCACUGAGUCUGUUAAUGCCUACUUCAAAGGAGCCGAUCCCAGCAAGUGUAUAGUGAAGAUUACUGGAGAUAUGACGCUGUCCUUCCCCAGUGGCAUCAUCAAGAUCUUCACGUCCAGUCCCUCCCCAGCAGUGCUCAGCUUUAAACUGAGAAACACCAGCAAACUGGAGCAAAUCUUACCAAACCAGCAUCUCUUACACAGUGACUCCUCCCAGAGUGACACUAACACCAAGGACUUCUGGCUGAACAUGCCUGCACUGACAGCAUAUCUCAGGAAAUGCUCAGAGCAGAACCCUGCGUCCUCCUACUACAACGUGGACGUCCUCAAGUACCAGGUGUGUUCAAACGGAAUUCAGUCGACGCCACUGAACCUCGCAGUGUACUGGAAGUGUGGGUCCAGCACGACUGACCUGCGUGUUGACUACCGCUACAAUCCUGAGGCCAUGCUGCCACCUGGGCCACUUACCAGCGUGCAGGUCCUAGUGCCGGUCAACGGUGGCGUCACCAACAUGCAGUCACUUCCUAGCGCCAUCUGGAAUGCAGAGCAGAACAAAUCAUUAUGGAAGCUGAAUGACAUCUCUGAGAAAUCUGAAAAUGAAGGCUCUGGCUCUUUGAGGGCAAAGUUUGAGCUAUCAGACGGCCCCUCGAUCCCAGCCACUCUGGCUGUCCAGUUUUUCAACGAGGGCAGCACUCUCUCUGGUGUGGACAUGGAACUGGUUGGCUCUGGUUACCGACUCUCGCUUAACAAGAAGAGAUUCGCCUCUGGGCGCUACAUGGCCGACUGCUGAGAUGUCACACCGGACGCACAUCAUCUCUAAUUGUUGGAAAUUUGAAGGUUUAUUUUUUCAUUGCUUUAUGAUGGAGGUUAAUGGGGGAUGGAACAAAAGGGCUGCCGACAUGAUGGCUCUUCUGAUGCUUUCAUUUCUUCUCAGCAUCUCAGCAUCCUUCCACCAGUAAAAAAAAAAAAUGCACCUUUUUGGGAAAGAAAGAUGUUUU